AUGGCCGGACAGACGCAGCAGCCGAGAGGGGGCGGGGAGGGGGGCCCUAGUCCGAGCCCAAGCCCGCCCGCGGACAGCUUGGCCGCAGCCCCAGCUCCGGCCCCAGCCCCGGUAGAAGAGAGGGUGGCACUGAAGAAGGAGAUUGGGCUAGUGAGCGCCUGUGCCAUCAUCAUCGGUAACAUCAUUGGUUCUGGGAUAUUCAUCUCCCCCAAAGGUGUGUUAGAGCACACAGGCUCAGUAGGUCUCGCCCUUGUGGUCUGGGUACUAGGUGGAGGAAUUGCAGCCCUCGGUUCCUUGUGCUAUGCUGAGCUCGGAGUGGCCAUCCCCAAAUCUGGAGGUGACUACUCGUACGUGACAGAGAUCUUCGGAGGCCUUGCAGGCUUCCUGCUGCUUUGGAGCGCAGUGCUCAUCAUGUACCCUACCAGCCUGGCCGUCAUCUCAUUGACCUUCUCCAACUAUGUCCUCCAGCCUGUGUUUCCCAACUGCAUCCCACCUUACACAGCAUCCAGAGUACUCUCCAUGGCUUGCCUAUUGCUCCUCACAUUUGUGAAUGGCUCCAGUGUCCGGUGGGCCACACGGAUCCAAGACAUCUUCACCGGAGGGAAGUUGCUGGCACUCGCCCUUAUCAUCACCGUUGGCUUCGUCCAGAUCUUCCAGGGCAACUAUGAGGAACUGAGGCCCAGCAACGCAUUUAGCUUCUGGAUGACACCUACCGUGGGGCACCUGGCGCUUGCUUUCCUACAGGCUUCCUUUGCAUUCAGUGGCUGGAACUUCCUCAACUAUGUUACAGAAGAGCUGGUGGAUCCCCGCAAGAACCUACCUCGGGCCAUCUUCAUCUCCAUCCCCCUGGUGACCUUUGUGUACACAUUCACCAAUGUGGCGUACUUCACCGCCAUGUCCCCACAGGAGCUCCUCUCCUCCAAUGCUGUGGCUGUGACAUUUGGAGAGAAGCUCCUGGGCUAUUUCUCUUGGAUCAUGCCUGUCUCGGUCGCCCUCUCCACUUUCGGAGGAAUCAAUGGAUAUCUUUUCACCUCCUCCAGAUUAUGCUUUUCUGGAGCCCGUGAAGGUCACCUUCCCAGCCUGCUGGCCAUGAUUCAUGUCCAACACUGCACCCCCAUCCCUGCACUUCUCGUCUGUUGUGGAGCCACGGCAGUGAUCAUGCUAGUGGGAGACACAUAUACACUGAUUAAUUAUGUGUCUUUCAUCAACUACCUCAGCUAUGGAGUGACCAUUAUCGGCUUGAUUGUACUUCGAUGGAAGAGACCCAAGCUCUUCAGACCCAUUAAGGUGAACCUCCUCAUCCCAGUCACCUACUUGAUCUUUUGGGCAUUUCUGCUGAUCUUCAGCUUUUACUCAGAGCCUGUAGUCUGUGGCAUCGGCCUCAUCAUCAUCCUCACGGGCGUCCCGGUGUUCUUCCUGGGGGUGUCCUGGAGAAACAAACCAAAGUGUGUGCACAGGCUCUUAGAGUCCAUUACGUGGUGGGGCCAGAAGUUGUGCUUCGUGGUAUACCCUCAGAGUGAUGCCCCUGAAGAGGAAAAUGGUCCCUGUCCACACCCCAUUCUCCCUGGAAGUGAAAAGACUUUGAAGACACAAUGAGAUGCUUAUCAAGACUCAAGUAGAUUUUUUUUUUGUUUACAUGUUAUGUUUUUGUUUUUGAAAAAGUUUUCUUGGGGAAAAAAAGAUGUUUCUUAGACACUUUUCAUAGCAAAGCCCCCCAAACAACCACCAGUCCCCACCCCAGAUCAGGCCACCUUAGCUAUGCAGGCAGCAGGAAAGUCUAUAAAUAAAACAAGGAUCCAAUUGGUUAA